AUGGCGGGGGAGGACUUCGAGUGGAGCUUCCUGGACGGGCCUUGCGCUUGGGAGCCGGUGCCCAACUCCACCCAGAUGAACCUCGCCGAGCGCACAGCCAUCGAGAAGGCCCUGGCGAAAGGGAAACCCUUCGUGCAGUGGUAUUCGCAUCCCAAACCCACCGGUGAGGCCAGGGCGGGCGGAGCGCCACACGCCAUGAGCUUCGAGAAUGUGGUUUACGAGAAUGUGGAGGAGAGGUUCGAGCGCUUUUCAGAUGCUUUUCGCCAGGAAGGCAUCAAGUUCCUCCAGACGGCUCUCGCCGGUCUGGAUCCCGACAUCGUGCUGUGCUACUCUCAAUCUGGCACGAUGCUGGCCAUGUACAUGGACGUCAUGCGAAAGGACCGGCUCGUGUCCACGCCAGUGCCUUGGCGCUUGGGUGUCUUUUUCUGCGGCGCCAUGAUCGAUGAUCCACGCUACCAGCUCAGAGAGCCAUUGCCAUUGCCGGCCGUGUAUAUCCAUGGUGGGGACGCAGACCCCUGGGGUCGACACGGGGAGAAGAUGCUGCCAAAGAUGUACAAAGACUGGCGCAUGCUGCUCAGAUUCAUUUUGGAAUCGUUCCGUUCCCCACAUCAUGCCCGUUCUGGCCAUGGAUGUUUGAAUUUUGAAACCUGCUGGUCAACAUCGAUCUAA